GUGCGCCGCAGUUUUGGCAUUUGAGUAGAUAAGGUUAACACCUAUUGUUGUAUUUUAAUUCUUGCGACGCGGCGGCAAAAUUUCACCCUCUUUUUAACAAUGAAUGUCGUGACUUGCAUAGCACCUGUAAAUAUUGCCGUAAUUAAGUAUUGGGGAAAACGAGACGAGGAUUUAAUUUUGCCAAUCAAUGAUUCUCUCAGCGCAACGCUACACACCGAUCACCUCUGCGCAAAAACCACAGUAAUGACGAGCGCAGAUUUCAAGGAAGAUCGCAUCUGGCUAAACGGAAGUGAAGAGUCCAUCGAUAAUAAGAGACUGCAAAACUGUUUGAAAGAAAUAAGGAAGCGUGCCAAACUGGGAAGUGACGUUGGAUCUUGGAAAGUUCAUAUCUGCUCGGAAAAUAAUUUUCCUACUGCCGCCGGUCUUGCUUCCAGCGCCGCAGGUUACGCCUGUUUAGUCGCUGCUUUGGCAGGGCUUUACAAUGUCGAGGGCGAUAUCAGCGCGGCUGCACGUUCUGGUUCCGGAUCCGCUUGCCGCAGCGUCUUCGGAGGAUUCGUACGUUGGUAUUCGGGCUCUAAACCGGAUGGCAGCGACAGUAUAGCUAAGCAGAUCGCUGCCCCAGAACACUGGCCACAAAUGAGAAUCCUUGUUUUGGUUGUGAACGACGCUUCCAAAAAAGUUUCCAGUGCUAUUGGAAUGAAGCGGAGCGUUGCGACAUCUGAGCUGCUGAAAUACCGGGCUGAACAUUCGGUGCCGCGGAGAGUGGAAGAAAUGACCAAAGCUAUACUUGAUAGGGAUUUUACGAAAUUUGCGGAACUCACGAUGAAAGACUCCAAUCAGUUUCACGCCACUUGCCUCGAUACCUUUCCUCCUUGCGUCUACAUGAACGACACUUCUCACGCUAUUGUUGAACUUAUUCACGCGUACAAUGCCGCCGCUGGAGAAACGAAGGCGGCCUACACCUUUGACGCAGGUCCCAACGCUACUCUGUAUCUCUUGGAAAAAGACGUUCCGGAAGUUAUCAGUAUUCUAAACCAUUAUUUUCCCACAAUUAGUCUAGGCGAUAUCGGCGUCGAGUAUCUUAAAGGCAUUCCUGUGCAGCCUGCAGCCGUUUCGGAGGAUUUAUUACGUCGGAUUAACGCUGAGCGACAAAGUCCGGGAAAACUGAAAUAUAUCAUUCAUACGUGUGCUCGUGAUGUAGAGCUAAUUGAUAAAUAUGGAGUGAUAACUAGCCUUUUUGGUGCCUGUAUUCACAAAAGGGAUACUAGACCACUACAAGAAAUAGUUGGGGAAAUAAUAGGACACUUCGUAGCGUACGAAGAAGAAUUGGGAAAACGGGGGACGAUUUUCUUUGGAGGAACUGAACCAGGGAUGCUGGACGUUUUGAUGUGGCCAUGGGUAGAGCGGGCUAAAGCACUUCCACUGGCUUUCGACCAGCCAUUGAAUUUCGACAAAGAAAAGUUCCCACACCUCAUGAAAUGGAUAAACGGUAUGAAAGGCCAAAAGUUUGUACAAAAAAAUUUCGGCCCUUUUGAAGCUUUUGCCAAAGUUAUCAAAGCUCAGGAUGACGUUGACUAUGACAGCAUUUAAAUUAAUUCCUCAAUUACAAGAUUCCGUUAAUUUUCUAUAAAGCAUGUGAUAUUCGUAACUGUCUUCGAUUGAUCAAGCUAACCCGAUACUCGUGACAAUAAAAUAUCAAUAGAACUAAA